AUGGCACCCAAACCCCUACUUCUGAAAUUUGGAGACCUACUCAUUGACAUAGAUAGUUCCCCCAUCUCACCUUCAUCAUAUGUUCAUGACUUGGGUGUUGUCUUAGACUCCAUGCUUUCAUUCAAGAAUCAUAUCAAAUCAGUCACUAAAACAGCCUUUUACCACCUUAUGAACAUCUGUAGACUCCAGCCUGUACUUACAGAUUCUAUAGCAGAGACCCUUAUCCGUGCCUUUUUCACCACACUGCUGGACUACUGCAAUUGGGUGUUUUUCGGGAUCUCCGACAAAGCCCUGGACAGGCUCCAGUAUGUCCAGAAUUCAGCUGCCAGCCUACUAACCCGCACUAAGGUCUGGCAACACAACACCCCCACCUUUAUUAAGCUACACUGGCUCCCAGUAAAGUCUCGGAUUGUGUACAAGAUCCUUCUCUUCACUUACAACUCCCUCAGUGCUUUGGCCCCUCAGUAUUUGUCCGACUUCUUGCACCCAUACAAACAGCCUUGGACAAUAUGGUCCUCAGCCAUGGGUCUGCUUUUUGUUCCUCGUGCCAACCUCCACACCUUUGGGGACAGAGCUUUCAAUGCUGUGUUAACUAUUGAACCCAACUGUUCCAGUUUUUUUAUUGGAGAGUUUGUUACCAUCAUGUGUGGCAUGAAUGAAGGAGCAGACACUGACUGGGAAUACAAACUCAACAAGGAUGGUCGAGAAUUUGUCCCCUACAACACACACAAAGACUACAGAAUAAAGAUUUCAUCUACAGGUUACAGUGGUGAAUAUCAGUGUUCUGGUCGCAGGAAGAGCUCACGUUAUACAAAGCGCAGUAACACUGUCUCUGUAACUGUAUCAGCAGGUAAACCCAGGGCCACACUGACAGCAGGAACAACAAUCAUACCAGUAGGGGGCAGUGUGAUACUGACCUGCUCUGUGGGGAGAUCUGAUGAGUGGAAAUAUGAGUGGUUCAGACGCACCCAAAGAACCACUGAAGUUCAAAUCAGAAGAGAUGAUCAACAAAACAGAGUUUUCAGAGUAUCUCAAGGAGGAAUCUACAGAUGCAGAGGAGGAAGAGGAGACCCAGUUUUCAACACGUAUCAAAGUGAUGAAGUCAGCAUUAAGAUAACCUUUUCCAAUAAAGUUGCUGUAAAACAACAACAACACAACUGGACUCAGAUAUUCAGCGGUGAGACGAUCACUCUGACAUGUGAGGUGGAGGAAGGAGGUGAACCCACUGAGUGGGAGUAUGAAUGGAGAGGACCCUGGCGAACUACACAGUGGAGAAAUAAUUAUUUGACAUUCAGAGUUUCUGAGUCCACCAGUGGAGACUACAUGUGUAAGAGUCGACGCAGAGAUGACUCAUAUUCUUCAACAGAGUGGAGUGAAGCCUUCACACUGUCAGCAUCAACAGAUAAACCCAGGGCCACACUGACAGCAGGAACAACAAUCAUACCAGUAGGGGGCAGUGUGACACUGACCUGCUCAGCAGGGAGAUCUGAUGAGUGGAAAUAUGAGUGGUUCAGACGCACAGAAAUAACCUCUGAGGUUCAAAUCAGAAGAGAUGAUCAACCAAACAGAGUUAUCAGAGUAUCUCAAGGAGGAAUCUACAGCUGCAGAGGAAGAAGAGGAUACCCAGUUUACUACACUGACAUAAGUGCUGAAGUCAUCAUUGAGAUAACCUUUUCCAAUAAAGUUGCUGUAAAACAACAACAACACAACUGGACUCAGAUAUUCAGCGGUGAGACGAUCACUCUGACAUGUGAGGUGCAGGAAGGAGGUGAACCCACUGAGUGGGAGUAUGGAUGGAGAGGACCCAGAAAAACCACACAGUGGACACACAAUAAUUCCUGGAUUUUCAAUAUUUCUGAGUCCAGCAGUGGAGACUACACGUGUAAGAGUCGACGCAGAGAUGACUCAUAUUCUUCAACAAAGUGGAGUGAAGCCUUCACAGUGUCAGCAUCAAGUAAGUCAUGGGGCGGGUUGGAAAGCUUUUCAUUUCUUGUCCCCUUAAUCAUUGGACUUGUUUGUGGUAUUUUACUGAUUCUUCUUCGGCUGUUGUGUCACUUCAAACUGGCAAAGGGAUCAAGUUCUAUCAGCGGGACUCAGAGCACAAAUCAGAGCUCUGCUACAAACCACAUGAUCAACCAGGAUGAAGCUCAACACAACCAACACACUUCUCCUCUCCAAGGUGAUGCUUGUCUCUUUAAAUCAAUCAAAGACCACAAUGACACAGAAAAUGGUGACAGCAGGUUGUGUGGACAAUCAACAGCCUCCUACAAUCAAGCUAAAGCCAGUGGAGACAAAGAAAAAUCGGAUCCUGCAGCAGCUGAUGAAACAAUUUAUUCUGACAUCAAACUGCGAACAGCUCUUGAUAACAGCCUGUCGUGUACUCAGGUCAUUUACAAUCAAGCUAAAACCAAGACAGACAAAGGAAAAUUGGCUCCUGCAGCAGCUGAUGAAACAGCUCUUGAUGAUGUGCUGUAUGCUCAGGUCUUCUACAAUAAAACUGAAUGCAAGAAUGACAAAGAUUAAUAAGAUACGUGUCUGCAAAACCAACUGAAUGGAGGACAAAACGAAAUGUAUUUCAUAUAAAUGUAAUUAUGGACUGUAUUAUUAACAAGCUUUAGAGCUUUAGCACCAAAUGGUGGUGUUGCCUUGAGAUUAUGAUCUUUUUCAUGUUGACAUGAGCUCUUAUUGAACUGCAUGUAC